UUUUUUUUGGGCAAAUGUGAUUAAAAUGCACUGAAGUGAGAGACGAAAAGACAUUUCAUUCUAUCUGUUGUUGACGUGCACACAUUUAAGGUUCUUCUGGUUCAAACUAAAAGGCUACUGACACAACAAGAUUUGAGGAACAAGGAAGUUCACAUAAAACUUUGCAUUCAAGAUCAUUCAAGACAUGCAAGAUCUUUGUUUGCUUCUGGCUCUGCUUUGACUACAGCUGCAAAUGGAAGGGUUCAAAAUCUUCGUUUUGACAGUGGCAGUGAGUGUACAAGUAACGUCUCAAGACAGCACUACUGAACCUCCAGUUCAGAUUUCCAAGCCCAAGAUAACUCUGAAUCUAGCUCAUGAGGUGCUGUAUAACACAGAGACAGUCAUUCUGCGCUGUGAGGUCUCAGGAGAACCACCGGGGUUACAAUAUGACUGGUACAAGGACUCAAAAGAUCUUGAUGAACAUCAGCCCAGCAUCACUGCGAAUGAUACUGGAAAAUAUGAAUGCAAAGCAAAAAAAGGAGCUACUGAGUCUGGAAAAAGUGAUAGUUACACUUUAACUCUAAAAGAUCCCCCUAAAGCAAAGCUGACUGUGGAUCCUGACUGGACAGAAGUAUUUCCUGGUGAAAACAUCUCUUUGCAGUGUUCGAUUCAAAAUGUAUCUGAAAACUGGAAUUAUAUAUGGUUCAAGAACUCAAGCAAAAUUGACUCCAGUGGUGAAACAAACAUAAAAGGAAACACUCUCACACUCUCAGUUCAGUCCAGUCAUGACGGGGCAUAUGUGUGUCAAGCUGAGCUGCAGGACAGAAAUGUGACGACUGCAAAAAGUACAUUAUAUUCGUUAACAGUUAUAGAUUACACACCAAAUCCAGAAAUCAGAAAACAUCAGUGGUUUGAACCCUUCUACACUGAUGAACGAGUCCAGCUUCAUUGUAACAUGUCAGGAGUUGGUUGGGAAUACCACUGGAAUAAAGACUCAAAUCCUCUGAUCACAAAUCCAGAAUUGACCAUCGACUCAGUAUCUGUCACUGACACUGGUGACUAUCACUGCAAAGCACAGAGAGGAGACUUCUCAGUGGACAGUGAGACUCUACAAGUGCGGGUUCAAGAACCACCUAAACCACAAAUCCAGUCUGAUUGGACAGAAGCAUUUACUGGUGAAAAAGUCUCUUUGCAGUGUUUGAUUAAAAAUGUUUCCGGAAACUGGAAUUAUAUGUGGUUCAAGGGCCAGGACAAGAUCGUCUCCAGUAGUGAAGCAAACAUAAAAGGAAACACUCUCACACUCUCUGUUCAGUCCGGUCAUGGCGGGGCGUAUGUGUGUCAAGCUGAGCUGCAGGACAGAAAUGUAACGACUGCAAAAAGCACACCACAUUCGUUAACAGUUAAAGAGCUGCCUCAGCCAAAAUUGUCAAUAGAGUCUCAAUGGAAUAUAUUUUACCUAAGUGAGAAAGUGACUCUGAAGUGUUCAAUCGAUGAAGAUUCAAAUAAAUGGGGCUAUGAAUGGUUUAUAAACGGAGCUCAGCCUCCCAAGAACACAGACAUGUCCUUAUCUGGAAACACACUCUCCAUCAGCUCAGCUAAAUCAAGUCAUUCAGGACAGUACACCUGCAGAGGAAGACAUCUGACGAGAAAGCCAGUGACUACAGGACAAACUGAAGCUGUGCAACUUCAUAUUCAGGAUUACACACCAAAACCAGAAAUCAGAAAACAUCAGUGGUUUGAGUUGUUCUACACUGAUGAACGAGUCCAGCUUCAUUGUAACAUGUCAGGAGUUGGUUGGGAAUACCACUGGAAUAAAGACUCAAAUCCUCUGAUCACAAAUCCAGAAUUGACCAUCGACUCAGUAUCUGUCACUGACACUGGUGACUAUCACUGCAAAGCACAGAGAGGAGACUUCUCAGUGGACAGUGAGACUCUACAAGUGCGGGUUCAAGAACCACCUAAACCACAAAUCCAGUCUGAUUGGACAGAAGCAUUUACUGGUGAAAAAGUCUCUUUGCAGUGUUUGAUUAAAAAUGUUUCCGGAAACUGGAAUUAUAUGUGGUUCAAGGGCCAGGACAAGAUCGUCUCCAGUAGUGAAGCAAACAUAAGUGGAAACACUCUCACACUCUCUGUUCAGUCCGGUCAUGGCGGGGCGUAUGUGUGUCAAGCUGAGCUGCAGGACAGAAAUGUAACGACUGCAAAAAGCACACCACAUUCGUUAACAGUUAAAGAGCUGCCUCAGCCAAAAUUGUCAAUAGAGUCUCAAUGGAAUAUAUUUUACCUAAGUGAGAAAGUGACUCUGAAGUGUUCAAUCGAUGAAGAUUCAAAUAAAUGGGGCUAUGAAUGGUUUAUAAACGGAGCUCAGCCUCCCAAGAACACAGACAUGUCCUUAUCUGGAAACACACUCUCCAUCAGCUCAGCUAAAUCAAGUCAUUCAGGACAGUACACCUGCAGAGGAAGACAUCUGACGAGAACGCCAGUGACUACAGGACAAACUGAAGCUGUGCAACUUCAUAUUCAGGAUUACACACCAAAACCAGAAAUCAGAAAACAUCAGUGGUUUGAACCCUUCUACACUGAUGAACGAGUCCAGCUUCAUUGUAACAUGUCAGGAGUUGGUUGGGAAUACCACUGGAAUAAAGACUCAAAUCCUCUGAUCACAAAUCCAGAAUUGACCAUCGACUCAGUAUCUGUCACUGACACUGGUGACUAUCACUGCAAAGCACAGAGAGGAGACUUCUCAGUGGACAGUGAGACUCUACAAGUGCGGGUUCAAGAACCACAUAAACCACAAAUCCAGUCUGAUUGGACAGAAGCAUUUACUGGUGAAAAAGUCUCUUUGCAGUGUUUGAUUAAAAAUGUUUCCGGAAACUGGAAUUAUAUGUGGUUCAAGGGCCAGGACAAGAUUGUCUCCAGUAGUGAAGCAAACAUAAAAGGAAACACUCUCACACUCUCUGUUCAGUCCGGUCAUGGCGGGGCGUAUGUGUGUCAAGCUGAGCUGCAGGACAGAAAUGUAACGACUGCAAAAAGCACAGCACAUUCGUUAACAGUUAAAGAGCUGCCUCAGCCAAAAUUGUCAAUAGAGUCUCAAUGGAAUAUAUUUUACCUAAGUGAGAAAGUGACUCUGAAGUGUUCAAUCGAUGAAGAUUCAAAUAAAUGGGGCUAUGAAUGGUUUAUAAACGGAGCUCAGCCUCCCAAGAACACAGACAUGUCCUUAUCUGGAAACACACUCUCCAUCAGCUCAGCUAAAUCAAGUCAUUCAGGACAGUACACCUGCAGAGGAAGACAUCUGACGAGAACGCCAGUGACUACAGGACAAACUGAAGCUGUGCAACUUCAUAUUCAGGAUUACACACCAAAACCAGAAAUCAGAAAACAUCAGUGGUUUGAACCCUUCUACACUGAUGAACGAGUCCAGCUUCAUUGUAACAUGUCAGGAGUUGGUUGGGAAUACCACUGGAAUAAAGACUCAAAUCCUCUGAUCACAAAUCCAGAAUUGACCAUCGACUCAGUAUCUGUCACUGACACUGGUGACUAUCACUGCAAAGCACAGAGAGGAGACUUCUCAGUGGACAGUGAGACUCUACAAGUGCGGGUUCAAGAACCACCUAAACCACAAAUCCAGUCUGAUUGGACAGAAGCAUUUACUGGUGAAAAAGUCUCUUUGCAGUGUUUGAUUAAAAAUGUUUCCGGAAACUGGAAUUAUAUGUGGUUCAAGGGCCAGGACAAGAUCGUCUCCAGUAGUGAAGCAAACAUAAAAGGAAACACUCUCACACUCUCUGUUCAGUCCGGUCAUGGCGGGGCGUAUGUGUGUCAAGCUGAGCUGCAGGACAGAAAUGUGACGACGGCAAAAAGCGCACUGCAUUCGUUAACAGUCCAUGAACCACCUAAACCACAAAUCCAGUCUGAUUGGACAGAAGCGUUUCAUGGUGAAAAAGUCUCUUUGCAGUGUGUCAUUCAAGAUUCAAACAACUGGAAUUAUAUGUGGUUCAAGGGCCAGGACAAGAUCGUCUCCAGUAGUGAAGCAAACAUAAAAGGAAACGCUCUCACACUCUCUGUUCAGUCCGGUCAUGGCGGGGCGUAUGUGUGUCAAGCUGAGCUGCAGGACAGAAAGGUGACGACGGCAAAAAGCGCACCGCAUUCGUUAACAGUCCAUGAGCUGCCUCAGCCGAAAUUGUCAAUAGAGUCUCAAUGGAAUAUAUUUUACCUAACUGAGAAAGUGACUCUGAAGUGUUCAAUCGAUGAAGAUUCAAAUAAAUGGGGCUAUGAAUGGUUUAUAAACGGAGCUCAGCCUCCCAAGAACACAGACAUGUCCUUAUCUGGAAACACACUCUCCAUCAGCUCAGCUAAAUCAAGUCAUUCAGGACAGUACACCUGCAGAGGAAGACAUCUGACGAGAACGCCAGUGACUACAGGACAAACUGAAGCUGUGCAACUUCAUAUUCAGGAUAACACACCAAAACCAACCAUUACAAAGCAUGAGUGGUUUGAGUUGUUCUACACUGAUGAACGAGUCCAGAUUAAUUGUAACAUGCCAGGAGUUGGUUGGGAAUACCACUGGUAUAAAGACUCAAAUCCUCUGAUCACAAAUCCAGAAUUGACCAUCGACUCAGUAUCUGUCACUGACACUGGUGACUAUCACUGCAAAGCACAGAGAGGAGACUUCUCAGUGGACAGUGAGACUCUACAAGUGCGGGUUCAAGAACCACAUAAACCACAAAUCCAGUCUGAUUGGACAGAAGCAUUUACUGGUGAAAAAGUCUCUUUGCAGUGUGUCAUUCAAGAUUCAAACAACUGGAAUUAUAUGUGGUUCAAGGGCCAGGACAAGAUCGUCUCCAGUAGUGAAGCAAACAUAAAAGGAAACGCUCUCACACUCUCUGUUCAGUCCGGUCAUGGCGGGGCGUAUGUGUGUCAAGCUGAGCUGCAGGACAGAAAGGUGACGACGGCAAAAAGCGCACCGCAUUCGUUAACAGUCCAUGAACCACCUAAACCACAAAUCCAGUCUGAUUGGACAGAAGCGUUUCAUGGUGAAAAAGUCUCUUUGCAGUGUGUCAUUCAAGAUUCAAACAACUGGAAUUAUAUGUGGUUCAAGGGCCAGGACAAGAUUGUCUCCAGUAGUGAAGCAAACAUAAAAGGAAACGCUCUCACACUCUCUGUUCAGUCCGGUCAUGGCGGGGCGUAUGUGUGUCAAGCUGAGCUGCAGGACAGAAAGGUGACGACGGCAAAAAGCGCACCGCAUUCGUUAACAGUCCAUGGAUCACAGCCAACAAUCCUUCUGCAGCAAGAUCCAUCAUACCCAGAGAUCUACACUGAAGAACAAGUCAAACUCGUGUGUAAAAUUGAAGAGAAUACUUCAAAAUGGCAAUAUAUUUUGAAAAAAGAUUCACAGCAAGUAAACACUGACCACAAUCCAGUUUACACUAUUCAAAAUGCUACACUCUCUCAAAAAGGAGAAUACACUUGCGAAGUAAGAAGGGGAGAGAUGACAUCUGCAAAGUCUACAAAUUUGACAAUAAGAGUGCCACCUAAACCAGAACUGUCAAUCACGCCUCGAUGGAAAACAUUUUACAAGACUGAAAAACUGACUCUGAAGUGUUCAGUCAAUGAAGAUUCAAAUAAAUGGGGCUAUGAAUGGUUUAGAAACGGAGCUCGGCUUUUCAAAAAUAAGGAUAUUUCCUUAUCUGGAAACACACUCUCCAUCAGCUCAGCUAAAGCGGGUCAUUCAGGACAGUACACCUGCAGAGGAAGACAUCUGACGAGAAAGCCAGUGACUACAAGACAAGCUGAAACUGUGCAGCUUCAUGUUAAUGAUAAUACACCAAACCCAACCAUUACAAAACAUGAGUGGUUUGAGUUGUUCUACACUGAGGAACGAGUCCAGCUUCAUUGUAACAUGCCAGGAGUUGGUUGGGAAUACCACUGGAAUAAAGACUCAAAUCCUCUGAUCACAAAUCCAGAAUUGACCAUCGACUCAGUAUCUGACACUGACACUGGUGACUAUCACUGCAAAGCACAGAGAGGAGACUUCUCAGUGGACAGUGAGACUCUACAAGUGCGGGUUCAAGCUCGUCCACCUGCAUUCCUGAGUCUGGAGACUGAACUGAACGACAUCAUGACUGGUGAUAUGACUCUGAGAUGUAACGUCUCAGACGGCAGACAGUGGAACUACACCUGGUUCAUGAACGGAAAGCAGCUCAAUGGAUCCUCAGAUGUAAUCAAAGUAACAGGAAAUGAAGAAACAGUCAAAAGUGAAUUCAAGUGCAAGGGAAUUAAUACAGUGAGACCGCUGUACUCCGCUCUGAGUGAAGGCUUCAUAGCCAAUAAUAUUAUAUUCAAAAGAAAAAUACUGCUGGCCAUCUCAGGAUGUCUCGUCUGCUGUAUUGUAAUCCUGAUCAUUGGAUGCAUCGUUCUAAAAAUCACCCGUAAACCAGAGGUCAAAGAAACAGCACUAGUGGACUUGUUUUUCUCAAUGACAGACUCCAAGAACCAAACUGCUUCGCCCAUGAAGGAGUACAUGGAAAACAGACCAACAGAGCUGGAGGAAUGUCAGGAAAAAGAUGAACUGAUCACUGAUCAUGCUUCAGCCGUUCAUGAGGAUGGUGUUAUUAAAGAUGAAGAAACACCAGCAUCAGAAGCCAAUGGCCUCAUAUCAUUUAAAGGACUCUGAACCGUCUUCCCAGCAAUCACCAUCAUGAUGGCGUUUCUGUAUUUGUACUGAAGGCACAGCUAAAUGACAUAUGCUUAUUUUAAAAUGACUGCAUUACUACAGCACUUUGUCUAGUAGCAGCUGCACUUUUGUGCACUUUUAAAAGCUAAAAACCAGCUUGUUUAAGGUUGUUAAAAAUGUAGAACUGAACUGCAGUGUUGUGGAGACAUACAGCUGUAAAUGAAGACGGUGAUUGUAGGGGGUGGGGGUGAAUAACAGACAGCAACAAUUAUCAGAAGAAAAAAUACAUACAUUUCUGUAUAUAGCUGUACAUACCCAUAACAUCUGAUUCAUAUUGCAAAUAUUGCAAAACAAAAACUAUUGAUUGUAAUGCAUCUAGUGGAUUAUUUUGUUAUUGUAAUUUAUUUGCAUAUCGAACAAAAGUUUUUAUUUUUUCCACUAUAUAAGUUUCUUUCUUUUUUUUUUAUUUUAUUGAAGAUCUUUUCUUAAAAGUAUUGUUUUUUUCUUCCUAUUAAGAUUGUUUUAAGUGUUUUGGUUGUGGAUUAUUUACAUUUAAAUAAACAAGUAUUUUUAAUUGAA